AUGCCUGUUCCAGGUACCUUGUCAGAUUUCCUAACCACCCCAAAAGAGAAAUGGAUACAAGUACCGGAUGAUCUUUUCAGCGAGGAAUCAGAUUUCCAUGGUGACGCGGCUACCAAGGCAUACUACAACAAGCUUGCUGCAUCGUACGAUCCCCGAAAUUACUGGAAAGUUCAAGAUUGGAAUAUCCAAGUCAAAGCCGAAAAGGCCAAACAGGCUCAGCAGAAGGAAGCAGAUGAAGUUCGAGUCAAGGAAGAAGAACAACAGCCAAAAUCCAGCGCGAACUUACCCGUCAUGAAACUUGAAGACGCAGCAAGUGAUUCAAAGAUCAAGCAAGAAGGUGGCGACCGCGUAAUGCUCGACGAUGGUGGACGAAUGGACAUCGAUGAACCCACCGCUGCGCCUGAUGCCUCGGAGCAAACAAAGAUGGAAAGUGAAGCAACUUCGGCAAGCACAUCGAGACCACACAACUUCUACGAAGGCAUGGAACUAGCCAAGCAACUCUCGGAAUCCCUCACAGACUUCCUCGACCGCCUCCCGCCGUCUCAGACCCCGUCGUCCCGCGGCCACUGGAUCUACAUUGCGAACCCUUAUCCGCCACUCGGAAAGACCCCGUCCGGCAAAGUCUUCACGGAAGCUGCCGACGUCGCGACGUUCCGCCAAUUGGGAACCCGCUUACUCGAGGAUUUCCUCUCGACCAAAGAGCAGGUCGAGUCCCAAAACCCGGGGAAAGCAGCCGGGACCAUCACUCGUCUCCUCCGACCGGAGCGAGAACGUCUCGACUCGGGUGUCCGCGACCUCGCGCGAGACAGCAACAUCACCACGGGCAAAUGGAUGCUCUUCCCGUCUUCCGAGGAUGUCGACCGAGUGUGGUCACUCGUCGCGCAGGGCACUUUGGAAGGGACACUGGGUAUCGGCGCGAAAGUGGCCACGAGCCCUGACCCCGAAAGUGCCGGCGUCAAAGACAAAGAGGGGUCGAGGUUGAUCUGCGUCUACACGCAUGACUUUGCAGACAAGGAAGACGUCAAGCGUGUCCUUUUGGGCUUGAAGAAACUUGGACUGUUGAACGGCGGUGGCGGUGGCGACGCCGCGGAGGCCAGGGCCAUUUACUACAAAUCCGACGCCUACACUUAUCUCGACAUCUCGAGUGGGAACGAGUACAAGCUCAAGGCGAGCAUGUUUAGUAGUCGAGACAUACUCGGUGGUUGGUCUCGACAGUGA